GCCUCUGUUACUAGUCACAGGUCAAAAGGACACAAGAGUUAAUAAGCAAAGACAACUCAUCUAACUUGGAGCAGUUAUUUCAGAGGAUAAGAAAAUGAGCCUGGACAGGAAAAGGGUAAGAGAUGACAAUGAAGAGGACAACUACGAUGACCCUCAUUCAAAGAGGAAUAAGAAGGACCAGGCCUUCCAGGACCCUCGCACUAUAGAGUCGUCAAGCAGUGAUAAUGAAAGAAACCACAGCAGCAUCAAUAACCCAGUACGAGGAAGUGUACCAGAAAGCAGCUUAAACCAGAACAUUGCUGAACGUUACUCCAAUAUCCCCGAGUUCUCACAGGAGGACUAUGCACUGUGCCAAGGCCAAAGUGCUUACUCCAUCAUUAACCAGAUCUUGAAGGAAGCCCAUUUCUACAGCCUACAGCAGAGAGGACAAUCACCGACGUGAUGACCUGGGUGCUCCUCCUCUCUUCUUUAUAAAAAGCAAUGACAUUGACACAA